GCGGAGCCGAGGGCGCGCGAGUGAGCGGUGUCUUCGCGGCUUCUGGGUCAGGUUUCAGUGUCUGACUUUUCCAAGCUCCGUUUGUGUGGGGAGAGGACGUGAGAACAGUACCUCUCCCACCACGCGUGGGGCGGUAAGAGACGGCUCCUUUAAUGGAAAUACCGCCCUCCCGGCGCGGAGAGCCCCCGCUGCGGGCGAGCGCGGGACGCGUGGCCGUGCUGCAGCGUCCUACAAAACCCAAGAGGGGAGGCACCGACCUAGUCUCGGCUGCAGGGGCCCGGAGUCUCCUGUUGACUGAACACGUUGGCCCUACCCGGACCUCUUGAGGGUGUUGAGCCGGGGGCUGAGGGAAGUAGGCUUCCCUUCCAACCCUUCGAAAAGGGCGUCUCGCCCCUGGCCCUAACUUUCUUUGAAAAGGAAGUGGGCUCUUCAGCUUUUUGCAACUGUUAAAACAUGCGAUCUUAUGGGCAAAGAACUGUCUAACAACUGAUCUUUUGUUUCAUAUAAAAAAUUAUUCACGUUCUAGGAGAGAGUGGAUUUGAAUUUUAGUGGACUCAGUGUAGCAAAACUUUUAUUCAGCUACUGGGCAUGCUUAUCCCGACAGCUCCGAGAAUGUGACGAUACAGUUCUGGGCUGCUGCUUCAGAGAGAGGGCUUCUUCUGGCAAGUUCUGUCUUCCUUGGCUAUUAUGGCUUGUGUACCUAUGAUUUAAUUUCAGGUGUGGAUUUUGAUCAGGGCCUGAGCACCAUGUGGACCGCGGAUGAGAUUGCCCGGCUGUGUUAUGAGCACUAUGGGAGCAGGCUGCCCAAGCAAGGGAAGCCUGAGCCCAACCGCGAGUGGACGUUGCUCGCAGCCGUGGUGAAGAUACAACCCACAGCUGACCAGGCCUGCGACGGCUCUGACGGACCAGUGCAAGUGACAAAGGAAGUUGUCUCAAUGGGAACAGGAACCAAAUGCAUAGGCCAGUCCAAAAUGAGGAAGAGCGGUGACAUCCUCAAUGAUAGCCAUGCUGAGGUCAUAGCCAGAAGGAGCUUCCAAAGGUACCUGCUCUAUCAGCUCCACUUGGCAGCUGCCCUGAAGGAGGAUAGCAUCUUUCUCCCGGGAUCUCAGAGAGGACUGUGGAAACUCAGACCAGACCUCCUGUUUGUGUUUUUCUCCAGCCAUACACCCUGUGGGGAUGCCUCCAUCAUUCCAAUGCUAGAGUUUGAAGAUCAGCCUUGCUGUCCUGUCAGUAGAGAUUGGGCCAGUAACCCAUCAGUAGAAACUAAUGAUAACCUAGAAGCUCCUGAAGAUAAAAGGAAAUGUGAAGACCCAGAGAGUCCUGUGACUAAAAAAAUGAGGCUGGAGCCCAGGACUCCUGAUGGUACAGCUCACCGUCAGAGUUUUGGCAGUCAGGAAAGGGGCCCAAAUCCACCAAAUGUCAACAGCUCUCAUCUCAUGGCAGAGGAACUGGCCAGUGUCACUGGAAUGACCCCUAGUGGUGCCAGAGUGGUGGACGUUUAUAGAACUGGAGCCAAGUGUGUGCCUGGAGGAGCUGGAGACUCGAGGAAGCCUGGCGCUGCAUAUCACCGGGUGGGGCUGCUCCGAGUGAAGCCAGGCCGGGGGGACAGGACUUGCUCCAUGUCCUGCAGUGACAAGCUGGCACGGUGGAACGUCCUCGGAUGCCAGGGGGCACUACUGAUGCACUUCCUAGAAGAACCCAUCUACCUUUCAGCUGUGGUCAUUGGAAAGUGCCCGUGCAGCCAGGAGGCCAUGCAGAGAGCGCUGAUCGGGAGGUGUCAGAACGUCUCAGCUCUACCAGAAGGCUUUGGAGUUCAAGAAGUGAAAAUACAGCAGUCAGAUUUACUGUUUGAACAGAGCCGCUGUGCCGUGCAGACGAAAAAGGCUGACAGCCCAGGCCGACUUGUUCCUUGUGGGGCAGCCAUCAGCUGGAGUGCAGUGCCUGAGCAGCCCCUGGAUGUCACCGCCAAUGGCUUUCCCCAGGGGACAACAAAGAAAGGAGUUGGACGCCCUCAGGCCAGAUCCCGAAUCAGCAAAGUAGAGCUCUUUAGAUCAUUCCAGAAGCUGCUAAGCAGUAUUUCAGAGGACAAGUGGCCAGACUCACUCAGGGCGCAGAAGCUGGCGACGUACCAAGACUACAAGGAGGCUGCAUCCACUUACCAGCAGGCCUGGAGCGCACUCCGGAAGCAGGCGUUUGGAUCCUGGAUCAGAAAUCCCCCAGAUUAUCACCAGUUUACGUGAGCAACGAGUUGUUUUCCAUUCGUUCAUCCUGGACUACCAUCUUCCUACAUGCUAAACAGGCCUUAGAUUUUCUUGUGGCUGAUCAGGAAAAAAGACUGCCAUCUACCAGAGCGAUAGAUCUCUUCUAUGUCGGAUGGAAUUUUGGACAUGAAACAAUCUAUACCUGAUUGAACUAUGCUUUCAAACUGUGAUGCUGGAGAAGACUCUUGAGAGUCCCUUGGACAGCAAAGAGAUCAAACCAGUCAAUCCUAAAGGAGAUCAGUCCUGAAUAUUCAUUGGAAGGACUGAUGCUGAGGCCGAAGCUCCAGUACUUUGGCCACCUGAUGUGAAGUACUGACUCAUUGGAAAAGACCCUGAUGCCGAGAAAGACUGAAGGCAGAAGGGAAAGAGGGCAACAGGAUGAGGUGGUCGGAUGGCAUCACCAGUUCAAUGGACAUGAACUUGGGCAAAUUCUGAGAGAUGGUGAGGGAUAGGGAGGCCGGGUGUCCUGCCUUCCAUGGGAUUGCAGAGUCGGACACAACUUGGCAACUGAACAAUAACAGUACUUGACUGAAGUAGCUCUCUUAAAAUAGCAUCUUGCUAAUGACCUUGGUGUGUGUCCUGUAUUUCAUUUCUUCUCUAAGAAUAAGAAUUUGGAGUGUGAUGCUGUAAAAGUACUCUGCACCAGCUCCACUUCGUGUGUUCCUCAUUGAUUCAGCAGGUAUUUAUUGGGCUGAGAUGACGUUUGAAUCUCUGCAAAUUUUAGAGCUUUACCUGUCAUAAUGGACAUGUAUUUUGUAUACCCAGCCUUGCUUCCUUUGAAGAACCAUCCUUUCCUGCUUUAUCCCUGAGACUGGGGUGAAGCGGACUUUCCCCAUUGACUCCAGCAGUGUGAGCCAACACUGAACAGUCCUGGAACGAACACCAGGGCGUCAGGAAAGAUGCCCUUUCUUCUCAUAUCAGGAGCUGUAAGCACCAGGUAACCUGGGACUGCCUGGGGCUGCCUUUGCCCACUGCACAGACAGCCAGCUGGAGAAGGAAGGUGAUGAAUGAAACAGCCCAGAGGAUGAAGGCUCUCGUGACCUUGUCUGGAUGCCUGAAACUAGUGCCCACUCUGGACUUCAAUGAUGUGACAUAAAUUGCUCUUGUUAUUUUGAGUAAGCUCGUUUGACUCCGUUUUCUGUGACUUUCAUUGGAAAGAGUUGUGUCUAAAAGGCCAAACAAAAGUCCCUAUAGCAACUCAGCAGCACACCUAGAAACCAGGCCUGUUUUUACUAACAUCUAGUAUUUAACUCUCAACCUCUUCACACUCUAAUAUACUGACUGGAAGUGGAAGCUCUCUGUGUUGGGAUUACUCAAGGAUCUUGUUGGUUCUUUAGUAUUUCUUUAUAGCUUUAAAUAUUUUUAAUAACAGCUUUAUUGAGAUGUAAUUCACAUACCAAAAAAUUCACCCGUUUAAAAUGUACAGUUUAGUGAUUUUUAGUAUAUCCACAAAGAUAUGCAAAAUCACCACAAUCGAUCUUAGAACAUUUUUGUUCUAAACUGGGGGUGGGGGGUGCUAUCUGACCCAGUACAGUACCCAUCAGCAGCCGCUCCUCACAUCCCCUCAAGACCCCCACUAACCCCAGGGAAGCAGCAGUCUACAUUGUGUCUGUAUGGAUUUGCCUAUUCUGAACAUUUUAUAUAAAUGAAAUCAUACAAUAUGUGGUCUUUUGUGACUGGCUUCUUUCAUUUAACAUGAUGUUCUAAGACUCAUAAUGUUGUAAUGUGAAUUGGUAACAUCAUUCAGUACUUUAUUCCUGUUUAUGGGGUAAAAAUCACAUUCAGUUCUAUGGAUAUACCACAUUUUGUUAUCUAAUCAUCAACUGAUGGACUUUUAGGUUAUUUCCACUUUUUGGCUAUUGCCAGUAUUGCUGCCGUAAACAUUCAUGUACAGGUUUGCUUGUGAACAUAUGUUCUUAAUGUUUUUUAAUUGCAGAAGUAAUACAUAAGAUCUCUUUU